UCUAUCUAUCUCUCUGUCUUCCACAUCACGGCUUGAUCUGCAAACUUGAUCUGCAAGAGUGCACUUAUGAGCUUUUUGUUGUUGUAAAGACUUGACUGACAUUUAAUUUUAUUCAAAAAGUUUUAUUUCCUCUUUUCACCCUUUCUCUCUCUCUUUUCUCUUGUUUAUAAAAAAGAUGUCAGCCAAAAGACCGUCAGAUGCAGAAUUAACACAAAAAUAUAAUCAAUAUAAAAAUGAACUUCAGCAAUUGGCUCAAAAGAUUGGUGAAUUGGAAUCAGAAGUAGAAGAGCACAAACUGGUCAUCGAUAGUAUUUCACCACUUGAACCAGAUAGAAAGUGCUUUAGAAUGGUGGGAGGUGUAUUAGUCGAAAGAACAGUUAAAGAAGUAUUACCUGCAUUAGAAACAAACUACAAUGGUAUCAAACAAGUGAUCGAGUCAUUGCUACAAUCUUAUAAGCGUAAAGAAGAGGAGUUUGUUGAGUUUCAAAAGAAAUACAACAUCCAAGUAGUAUCAAAGCAAUAAAGUAGUGUAUUCAUAUAGAAGCCAAUCACGAUAUUAUAGCCUUACGCG